AUGUCAGAGUCACCUAUAGAAGGUAAUAAUAUAGGUCCGUCCUUGGAUGUCAUCUUUGAUUCCUACGAGGAUCCUGAUAGAAAAUAUAUUCAGAAUGUUCUGACGACUCUCAACGAGGAUGUUGAAACCAUUUCCUCGGAUUCCGACAAUUCCGAGAUUGUCGCGGAGACCAUAAAUGGCAGAUUAGUGGAUUACAAUAAUAUCGAAAGAAAACCGUUUUGUAAAACCUACGAAGAUCCACCAAAUGGAGCAAAUCAACAGAGUCCCAAAAGCGAAAGGAGUUUUAAGGAAGAGUGGGAUUCUGAAACCGAGAGAAACAAUGCUGCUGAAAGUCCCAGGCCAACACACGAAAGGAUUUUUCCGGAAUCGCCGGAACCGGAUAUCAAAAGAUCUCAAGCCGCUGAAAGUCCAAAGUCAAGCAGCUCGGAAUCGUCGAAAAACAGAGAUUCGAAAGAUUCCUCUUCAGACAGCUUUGAUUUUCCAUCAACCUCCGAAAAUUCCAGCGACGAUGAGUUGGACAAUGCGGAGCAACAUGAGAGCUAUAACUUCUACCAUCCGAUGCCCAUCUCAGUGGGACCCCUGCCCUCUAUGCCGCUCUAUGAUAUGGAUUUCAAUCUUGUUGAGGAUGUUCCCGAGGUAGUUCCUAUAAAAAUUAAGGAAGAGGUCCUAUCAGAGGGGGAGUGUGAAUCAAAACCCCUCGAAGAUAAGGCCCAACUCUCCGAAAGUGAAUCGGAAUCCAUUGACAGUUUGGCCGAGUUUAUGCCAAAUUCUGAAGCUAACAGCGUGUAUCCAGAGGUUUUUUACCCCUCAGAAGGCAAGAAAAAAUUUAAAUAUUGGGAAGACACUGCCAAGCGACCCAUUGACAAGGGCGAAAUACCCGAAGAGGAAUUGCAGGCCAUUUUAAAGGAAGAGGAAAAGCUGAGGAAGAACGAGAAAUCAUCAUACGACAGCCGGAGUGAGGAUUCCGACGAGGGAGAAGAUUCCGGCAGAGAAGACGCCAAGCGUAAUGGCCUGGAUUUCUACGAGGACAUUGUACAGUUCCAGAUUGGCAGCACAACGAGUAGCAGGUUGUUGGUAGUCAAGGAUGAAAGCGUGUUUUUGGAGUACGAGGAGUGCAUCAAGCAGCUCCAGCAGCUCAUUCAGCUGGCACCCAGCAUUCACAAAUAUGAGAUAUACUUGCUACUAUACCCUCUGAUCGCUUUGACCUACCUGCAGAUGAUGGCCAGCGAUAACUUUCCGCGGGCGAGAGUGUUUCUAAAUCGAUUUACCAGCCAGUUGGAUGACUCCUUUACCCCCAGAUUUACUAAGCUCUUGAGUAUCUGCAGGCCGGCAGAGGUACCCCAUCGGGCCAGGAAGCUACUCGCUGGCUUUGAGAAGCUGGAGAUGCACAUGUCAGCGGGAGCUUACACCCAGUUCGUGGAGCACAUGGAGGGCUGGACCAAGGCGCAGCAGGACAAGGUGCUCACCCAUUUUCUUGUAAGGAGGUACAGUGAAAUGGAUGAGCCCAAGCAACGGUUUGCCCCGGGACAGCCUCUUCUAGAGGUCAUUUUCUGGGCUGCCCCGGAACCCUUGCACAAGACAGACUAUACCUCGCGACCCCUGCUGCGAGCCAGGCGAAGGAAAAAGGGUUCCCUGCCGGACAGGAAUAUUCACCUGCCGCCCACUGGGAAGAUUUACACGCCGACGCCCAAGAGAAUGGAUUUGCUGCGACGCAAGACCGACGAGCAGUAUCGCAAGAAGCUGGAUAGGAAUAAUCUUCCCUCCGCUUACGUGUACACUGCCCCAAACUGCGACGAGGUAGUGACCUGUGCCACAUUCUCGGAAGGCGUGGGCAUGCUGGCCGUGGGCACCGUCAGCUCCUCCAUACACAUCUUCUCGCUGAAGUCCUCGAAGCUGGUCCAACUGAAGCCGGCCCACUGGCUGAAGGCUCUGGACACGGGAAUGGCGGGCAUUGACAAGGGGAUGCUGGAUCCCACCAAGAAGUACUCGCGGCGCACGCUCCGAGGCCACCAGGGAGCGGUCUACAGGUUGUCCUUUAACCCAGAAGAUCGGUACUUACUUAGCUGCUCGGAGGAUUGCAGUAUGCGACUGUGGUGCCUGAUGUCCUGGAACUGUGUGGUCAUCUAUCCCGGCCACCUCUCGCCCGUGUGCUGUGUGAUCUACGCCCCCCUGGGUUAUUACUUUGCCACUGCCUCGGACGAUUGCACGGCCAGGGUGUGGGUGCAGGACAACAAGCGAGCAGUGCGGAUUCUCAAGGGGCACUUGGCCGAACUGGAGGUGUGCCUGUUUCAUCCGAAUCGCCAUUACUUGGCCACGGGAUCAGCAGAUGCCACGGUUAGGUUGUGGGAUAUUCCAAAAGGUGCCCAGGUGCGUCUCUUUGCUGGCCACAGAGGAAGGGUCACGGCGCUGGCCUUCUCCGCUUGUGGCCGCCACUUGGUCUCUGGCGGGGAUGACAGCCUCAUCAUGAUCUGGGACAUUACCAACGAGAAGUUGGUUCAUUUUCUGAGCCACCACAAGUCGGCAAUCAAUACGAUUCAGUUCUGUUUGGACAGCAACUUGCUACUGGCGGGCGGACAGGAUUGUCAGUUGACGAUAUGGGACUUUAAGAAAAUUCUCCAUCACACUAAGUCAACGAGGAGUAGAAAGCACGCGGAGAUUCCGCAGGCGAAGGAUUUUCUCAUAAAAUCCUUCUACACCAGAAAUGCAGCCUUCUAUACGAUCCGUUUCACCCGGCGGAAUCUUCUGCUGGCCUUCUGUGUGGCCGCCCGCGAACCCGAAAGGCACCUGCAGAUGGCCAGGGAAAGGCAGGAGAACGAGGAGCGGAGGAGGGAGGAUCUGGGUGAGUGGAUGGAGUUCCUCGACCUGAUCAAAAUGAAGGCUGUUAUGAGUGGUUAGUAUAAGUUAGGUGUAGGUAUUAUAAUUAAAUAAAGGAUAUUUACGUAAAGAGUUUUGUUACGAAAGAAAGUGAUUUUCCAACAGAUAAACAAGUAUUUAUAGCUCUUUUUCAAUCAUGUUAACAACAAUUUACUUUGUUAAAAUAUCUAAUAAAAUAGUUAAUAAUU